UGUAUCAUUGUAUUUUUUAAUUGGAUCCCCACACGAAAAAGAAGAGUGAAUUAUUUAGCAGUUUUGUGAUGGAAGAAUGAAUCAAUGUUAAAAUGAAAUGCUCUUCACCAAGAGCAGCAGGAGGGUUGGAUGUUCAGAUAGCUGCAGGUUCCAGCCGGAACUCUGAAGUCACGCAGUCUUAUAGCCAAACUGUGGACAGACAGACAGAAUUUCAAAGAUUCAAACAAGAGAAAGGCAGACAAGAGAAGAAACCAUACCGAAGUUCUAAUACUUGUGCUGAUGGACAAUCCCAAGGAGAAUCUCCAAAUGGAAGCAAAACCACAGCUAAUUCUUUAAUCAAAUAUGAAAAGCGAAAGAGAAUAGUUAUACAAUUUAAAUCCAAAGAAGCUACACAUGGAAAAAGUUCAGGCACUGCUGAUGUAGUGAUAACUAGCAGGGAAGAUCAUAACAAAGGUCCUUUUGAUGGUAAAGAAAGAAAAAGACACUGUCAUAGCUUUCUGGUUCAGAGAGACAAGGUGGUGAAGAAAAAGAAAGUUGAACUUUGUAAACCAAACGUAAAAGUUGAACAAACUGUGUUGGGACAACUGAAGUCAUCUGUGUAUAAUUUAUAUGUGCCUCAUAAAAAGGCAGACAGAUCUAGAAAAACGAGUGAAGAUGUCAGAAUUCAAAAAAAGCCACCUAGCACAUCUGCAGAGACUGUGUGUCAUGAUAGACCUUUCACUAAGAAGUCAAAUAUGUUAUCUAGGACUUGUGAAGAAAAGUAUAAAGAAGAAUAUAAGGAAUUUUCUAAGAAAAAUCAACAUGCUAACAAGCGUACAUCACACUGCUCAACUGAAACACUGCAGCAAUGGGACUGUUGUAAAUGGAAAAAACAGAAUGCUGAUCGAGUUAGUUGUAGUUCAGGGACUGAAAAAGGGAACUUUGAAGCCACAGCGUUUUGUUUUAAGCAGGACUUUCCAUCCCCUCAAAGCAGUACAACCUUUCCAUUGCCUCAAGGCUGUGAAUACCUAGAAGGCGACCAAGAGAUGCAGAUAGUUGAGGAUUUGCAUGUUGCUCGUAUUGAAAAGAGGAUGGCCCAAUCUGUAGUACAGACCUGUGGAGAACUGACAAGUAUGGAAAUAGAUCUACCAGAACAGGAUUUAAAUAUUUCUGCUGAGACUUCUUCCGGUCUGAACAUACUAGUAGUGAUUGACACAAAUAUAAUGAUUAGUCACCUUGAGUUUGUCAGGUCCCUGAAAUCUGAGGAUAUACCAGGUAUUCCUAGAGAUGACAAAAAUUUAUGCAAUAAAGCCAUUGUGUGUGAGGUCAAGGCACUUUGUAAAGUGGAUUUGGUUACUGCUCUACUGAACCUGAAUGUAAACAAGCGUCUGAACUGCCUGGAACUGCAGCAAUCGAAAUGUGAUAGAGAAUUCCAGAAAAGAAAAGAAAGUGAUGCUCAUCUUACUUUCCAGAAAACAGAAAGAAGUGAUACUCAUCUUACUUCUCAAUUUCCAAAUAUAAUUCCAGAUCUUGAAAAGAACUUAGGAGAUGCUUUGUCUUGUAUUUUGGAGACUGAAAUGAAAAUUGUAUUUGGAAACCUAUGGAUGGAGAUACUAUAUUUGAAGCCACCAUGGACAUUAGCAAACUUACUGCAGUGCUACAAAAAGCACUGGGUGGCUGUUUUUGGUUAUGUUGUGCCAAGGAACUUACUUGCAACUAUUGAAUUUCUCUAUAAACACUUUUGUACAGGUAAAACACUGGACACCUCAACAGCUGUUGUCUUGCUCCAGGAAACCAAGCAAUUACUGCACGCUUUCAGUUUGAGGUCUGACUAUGAUGGAGUGCUGCCCCGGGCUUAUGAGAAAGUGAAUAAGCUAUACCAAACAUGUACAGAGGUGAGGUCAGACAGUGAGCAGAAUUUAUCUGAAGACAGCAUGGUUCUUUCAAAAAGUUCUCUGUGCGAAAGAAUGGAAGAAACAACACCAAAUCUUCAAAACUCUGAAGAAAAACGGCUGCCUCCAAGCAUGCAUGUUGCUCAAGAAGAUAGGCACCAGGAAAUCUGGUCAGUCCUUGAAGGUAUAUGGAAUACAAUGAAUUUGUACAGGCUUGAAAUUUUCCAGAAGUUAGAGUCCAACACAGUAAUUGUGAAGUCCUCAUUUGAAGAAGCUUUUUCGGGACUGCAGAAACUGUUAGCAGCUGUGAAUUAUAUCCUUGAAGGAAUUCGUAGAGUUCUGGCCCCAAACAGUAGUUUCCAAGAUAUUUGGACACUGUAUAACUUCCUCAUAAGCCAUGAGAGGAAGAUUAGAGGUGGGCUGUUGCCAACUGGCUGAGCUGCAUCACAGCAUCAAGCAGCAUCAUGCAUCUGCACACAUGGAAGCAAAGACCAGGGGGUGGCUGUGACAACACAAGGUCUGUAACCACGGUGCUCACCCCUCGAUUUUGGUCCAGAUGAAGUCAGGAGAGCGGUGAGAGGGAAUGUUCAAGAAGCCAAAACUGCCUCUUUUUUUUCUCAAUGGUGCUGUUUUAUAAUUGAAUUGAAAGGAAAAAAAAAAAAAAAAGAAUCUUUUGACUCUUUACUAGUAGCAUUUCCUGUUUCAAGUGAAGAUCUCUGGUCUGAUAAAAGUUUUGUGAUAUACUGAGUUAGAAGUUAGAGCUGUUACUAAUGAUUGCGUGGUUAUAUAGAAAAAUCAGUAAGUCUGGGGGUUUUUUUGCUGAUUUUUUUUGGAAGUGCUGGUGAGAAAAAAAAAAAGAAAAAAAAAAA